AUGGCUACUUCUUUGAUUCCGCAGAGGUUUCGCCCCACGGGCUUGGACAACGAUGCCGAACCUAGCUGGCUGAGGCGUCAAGUGACCGCCGUGCUGCAAUCAGUGUCCCGUCGCGCAUGCGUGCAUCCAAUCCAUACCAUCGUCGUAAUUGCGCUGCUUGCCAGUACGACCUAUGUUGGACUCCUCGAGGGCAGUCUCUUCGACGCAUUCCGCAGCUCAGGAGAUGCUACCAAUCAAUUGGAUGUCAACUCUCUUCUCUACGGAAGUAGAAACCUUCGUCUGGGGGAGCGUACUUCAUGGCGAUGGCAGGUGGAAGAUAAGUUGACUUACGAGGAUAGUGAGCAAGUUGCGCAGCACCUAGCACUUACGACUUUCAUUUUCCCCGACUCAUCCUGGAAAUCCACCUCCACUGCGCCGUUGCUCGAUGACAUUCCUAUCCCGGAAAACAUUUCUGCUCGCCCGGUCCCUCACACCCCCAAUCUUUUCUCUCCUUUCUCGCACGAUUCGUCAUUGGCGUUUACCGUUCCCUUUGAUAAUCUGCCCAAUUUCCUCAAGGCAGUCCAAGAGAUCUCCGAUCCAACCGCCGAGGAGGACGCGACGGAGCAGAGAAAAUGGAUCAUGAGGGCAGCUCGUGGGGCUGGUUCUCGUAGGGCCCUGAAGAUCUGGCUAUCAGAUGCCUGGAGUUCCUUUGUUGAUCUGAUCAAGCAUGCGGAAACCAUCGACAUCGCGAUUAUGACCCUAGGAUACAUUUCGAUGCACCUGACAUUUGUGUCACUUUUCAUUUCCAUGAGACGUUUGGGUUCAAAAUUUUGGCUAGCAACGUCGGUUCUCUUGUCAAGUGUCUUUGCGUUCCUGUUUGGUCUUCUGGUCACUACGAAGCUUGGUGUUCCGAUCAACAUGCUGCUACUCUCGGAGGGACUGCCUUUCCUUGUUGUGACAGUUGGUUUCGAAAAGCCCACCAUUUUGACAAAGGCAGUACUGUCCGCUUCAACUAAUGCCAAACGCCAAGCUGGUGGUGCCAAUAGACGUAACGCUGGUAACAGCAACGUCCCCAAUUCGCCUAAGUCGAUUCAGGACUCGAUCGAGCUCGCCAUUAAAGAAGAAGGCUUUGGCAUUGUCCGAGAUUACUGCAUUGAGAUUGGUAUCCUGGUGGCCGGAGCUGCAUCUGGGGUCCAAGGUGGACUUCGGCAGUUCUGCUUCCUCGCCGCGUGGAUCUUGUUCUUCGACUGCGUCCUGCUGUUCACCUUUUACACCACUAUUCUCUGCAUCAAGCUCGAAAUCACUCGCAUUAAGCGCCAUGUUGCACUGCGAAAGGCUCUGGAGGAGGAUGGUGUGUCUCGUCAUGUCGCGGAAAACGUGGCUUCAAGCAACGACUGGCCGCAGAUGGGUUCGGAUAGCAGCAAGAACAACGACACCAGUGUUUUCGGGAAGAAAAUCAAGGCUAGUAGUGUGUCCAAGUUCAAGAUGCUCAUGGUCGGUGGAUUUGCUCUGGUGAACGUCGUCAAUCUGUCUACCAUCCCCUUCCGAAACCCGGCUCGGGGUGAGAGCUUCCCUGUCCUGUCUCGGAUGUUUGCUGCGACCCCGAUUGAUCCUUUCAAGGUUGCUGAAAACGGUCUUGAUUCCAUUUACGUGACCGCAAAGAGCAACAAGCUUGAGACCGUGGUGACUGUUCUUCCGCCGAUUAAGUACAAACUGGAAUACCCCUCGGUACAUUACGCUCAGCCGGACAACCGUGGAAGCUUUGACAUUGAAUACACCGACCAACUUCUGGACGCUGUGGGCGGUAGAGUUCUUGAAAGUCUCCUGAAGAGUGUCGAGGACCCCGUCAUCAGCAAGUGGAUCAUCGCAGCCUUGACGCUAAGCAUCGUCCUGAACGGGUAUCUGUUCAAUGCUGCACGAUGGAGCAUCAAGGAGCCUGAAGCAGCGAGUUCGGUUGCGAAGGCUCCUGUCGAGGAACCCAAGCCGGAGGUUGCAAAGGUUGAAUACAAGGAUGAUGGAACCCGGAGGACCAAGGAAGAGUGUGAGGCCAUGCUGAAAGAAGGGAAAGCGUCACUCUUGAACGACGAGGAACUCAUCGAGCUCUCACUACGGGGAAAGAUUCCAGGGUAUGCCCUUGAAAAGACCAUGACGGACCAACCCAUCAUGAGCCGUCUGGAGGCCUUCACGAGAGCAGUCAAGAUUCGCAGAGCUGUCGUUUCGAGGACCCCUGCUACGUCUGCUGUCACGAGUACUUUGGAAACAUCGAAGGUUCCGUACAAGGACUACAACUACACCCUCGUCCACGGAGCCUGCUGUGAGAACGUUAUUGGAUAUCUUCCUUUGCCGCUGGGUGUGGCUGGUCCUCUUGUCAUCGACGGACAGAGUUAUUUCAUCCCCAUGGCUACUACCGAAGGUGUGCUGGUGGCGAGUACGAGUCGUGGAUGCAAGGCUAUCAAUGCGGGAGGCGGUGCUGUUACUGUUCUCCAUGGUGACGGCAUGACCCGUGGUCCCUGUGUAGGAUUCCCGACGCUUGCCCGAGCCGCCGAGGCGAAGAACUGGGUUGAUUCAGAGGAAGGGAAGAGAAUUCUCACGGACGCGUUCAACUCGACCAGUCGUUUUGCCCGUCUCCAGUCCUUGAAGACUGCGCUUGCUGGCACGUAUCUUUACAUUCGAUUCAAGACCACGACGGGCGAUGCCAUGGGCAUGAACAUGAUCUCGAAGGGUGUUGAAAAAGCGCUUCAUGUGAUGGCUACCGAAUGUGGAUUUGAAGAUAUGGCGACGAUCUCCGUGUCGGGCAAUUACUGCACGGACAAGAAGGCGGCUGCUAUCAAUUGGAUUGACGGCCGAGGCAAGUCGGUGGUCGCAGAGGCUGUCAUCCCCGGUGAUGUGGUCAAGUCCGUUCUCAAGAGCGAUGUCAAUGCCCUGGUUGAACUCAACACGAGCAAGAAUCUCAUCGGCAGCGCCAUGGCUGGCAGUGUCGGCGGUUUCAACGCCCACGCAUCUAACAUUGUUACCGCUAUCUUCUUGGCGACGGGGCAGGAUCCCGCACAGAAUGUUGAAAGCAGCAACUGUAUUACGAUCAUGAAGAAUGUUAAUGGUAAUCUCCAUAUCUCCGUGUCGAUGCCAUCCAUUGAAGUCGGCACAAUCGGUGGCGGUACGAUCCUGGAAGCGCAGUCUGCGGUGCUCGAGAUGCUCGGGGUGCGCGGCUCUCAUCCCACGAAUCCCGGCGACAACGCCCGCCAGCUGGCCCGUAUCGUGGCCGCGGCAGUUCUUGCUGGUGAACUCAGUCUGUGCUCCGCCCUCGCUGCCGGUCACCUGGUCAGGGCACAUAUGGCGCACAAUCGGAGCGCGGUCCCUACACGGUCCGCGACACCGGUGUCGUCCGCGGUGGGCGCUGCAAAGAGCACUGCCGAAAAACUUGCCAUGACGUCUGCGAAAUGA